CUCAUUCACUAUAAUCAAUAACAUGUUCAGAAAUUCGGUGCGAGGAGUCACUCGCGGCUUCUCGACGACGUCUGUGACAAGCUAUCCACGAAAGGCUCUCCCAAAGAUUACCCCGCAACCUCCAACGUCUGCGCAACUCUCUGCCCCCCCUGCUCCUGCUCCCAAGUACCUUAAACCAAUCUACCGACCUGCGCCGGCACCUCACAUUCGUCUGGCCCGUCCACCUGCACCGCAGCGCCAUAUAACAGACACGGAUACCGCUUUACCUCUGCCGACAACGUUUCCGGCUGGUGAGACAUCCGGGUCCUAUCUAGUCAGGCCACGGAUACCUGCCAGCAAGCUAGAUGGGACAGAGAACCCAUAUCCUUACAAGUAUUAUGAGAUCAGUCUUCGCCGCUCCCUUAAUGGACUUCCGGAAACAACAAAAGAGUAUGCGCGAGCAUUGGGGUUGGUCAAGAGACAUCAGGUCGUGUGGAGGAAGGUGGGGCCGAGGAGUGCUGGUCAAAUUUUGAGGAUUCGAGAGCUGGUGGUGGUGCGUCUGGUCAAUGAAAUUCCAGAGAAACUACCUCUUCCUGCUGGAUACGCAAAAGUAGGGAAUGCUGUAGCGAAUGCUGCGGUUUAAGAACUGAUCCAGGCUAUGUAUACAUAUGCAAUAGUACAAUAUAUUUAUCACACUAAAAAAGCCGUUUCCGGCCGACAUGACCUAAUACUUGUGGCACGGGAGUGAUUACCAGA